UGUUCUCAAAGUUGGAAUCAUGGCGUAUGUUUUUCCGCCUCCAAAUUUUAAUCAACAACAAUCUCCACGAGCACAACAACCUCAACCAUCGACAUUCACUCAUUCUGAAGGCAUAGACUCGCCGCAAUGGGCUGCCAGUUCGGGACAACGUUAUAGCUCUCCUCAACAACACUGGCAGUUUCCUCCAAGAGCUUUCAGCCCUGCUUCUGGUUAUCAGCAUCCGAGAGGUCCGAACCGUGGAAACUUUUUCCCACCACGAUUUUGUCCAAGACCACAGGGAAACUAUCCACACUCACAUAGUAAUGGUCCUUUUCGUGGUGGAUGUCCAUCCGGGCAACAGCACCGUCAACAUCAGAUAUUUAACAGUCAAGGCCAAUGGCAAAGCAACCAACAGCAGCAGUUCGGAACCAAGGGAAACCAGGGAAAGAGCAACACGACGACCAAGAAGAAACCGAAGAAAGAACAAAUACUACAAUUCUACUGUGAGACUUGUGACAGAGGUUUUAAAACUGAAGACAAAUUAGAUGAACAUUUAACGGAGCAUGUCAAGUGUGAAGAAGAUGGGUGUAAAUUCCAAGCACAUUGGAAGGUAGUAAAAUUACAUUACCAGUUUCAGCAUGGUCCUGGUAGCAAAAAGAUUGGUAGCCUGGAUACACCAGAAGAAAUUAGAAAUUGGAUAGAAGAGAGAAAAAGAAAUUAUCCAACCGUAAUCAAUGUGGCAAAAAAGAAGCAACAUCAAAUGUCCAAAGAAGACAGUGGACGUGUUCUUGAGACAAAACAAUUUGGUAAAAUGGGAAGGUUCAACAGAGGUCGACAACAUAAAAAUCAAAGAUAUCAGAAAGGAAAUAAUUUCAAGCAAAAUGGCAAUUGCCAUGGAAAUGACGAUGGAAGAAAGAGUCCAUCAAAAAGAAAAUCCCAGGGAGCCACAGAACUAACAGAAGAAAGUUCCCUGAAAAGACUUAAAAUAAAUGCAAAGGAUUGUGGGAUGAAAAAUGACCGAAUUGAAUCUGUAGGUGAUCCUCUAUCUUCUAUUCUUGUUGAAGAUCAGGAUAUGAACGUCAAGUCACCUUUGAGGAAGGUGUCAGUAGGAACACUGGGAUCUCUAGCCGCUUCCUAUGGAACUAGUAGCAGUGAUGAAGAUUAUAAUGACGACAGUCUACAAAAAGCUAAAGAAAAAUUUGCAUCAACAUCACCACCUGAUGAAGAGUGUUGGCAGCGACAGCAACAACAAGAACAAGAACAAAAUAGGUAUCAAAGAAAGUGGAAAAGAAAACCAGAUAAAAAGAACAAGCAGGUUCAUAACAAACAAAACAGUUUUGAGAAUGGUCUCAUUAAUGGUAGGAAAAGGAAACCAACACUGCUAGAAAUGAAUGGUCUCAUUAAUGGUAGGAAAAAGAAACCAACACUGCUAGAAAUGUUAUUGGCCGGUGAUAUCAGACAUGAAAGAAACGUCUUAUUGCAAUGUGUGAGGUAUGUCAAAAAGAAGAAUUUCUUUGAUGGUGAGAAAUCAGUAGAUGUACACAAGUCAGACAGUCACAAUGAAACGAGUCGGAUGUCCUGUAAGAAACAAAGUGAGAAGUCCGACAACGAACAUGAUGGUCCAAAGCAAGUGUGUGAAAAUACUUGUGAGGAAGAUAGAACUAGGGAAUGUGCAAUGGAACAUAAAAAGAUUGGGAAACAAAAUAUAAUAUUUACUGGAAACGAUGGUCAUGACGAAGAUUGUAAGGAACAAAAAACAUUGAACAAUAAAGUAACGAUACACAGAGUUUCCGGAAUGAAGAGUAGUUUGGAAAAGAUGUAUAUUGAUGAACAACAUGUACCAGAUGAAAUAGCCUUGAAUGGAAACCAGACUUCUGUUCUUGAUAGAGAUAAUAAUGAAACAGCUCAACUAAAUAGUAACAGUCUCAUGUCAGUUACUACAACAAGAACACAAUCAUAGAAACAAUUCAGUUAACAAAUCAUGUAUGAAAAAUUAUAGAAAUAUUACAGCAAAAAAUAUUCUGAAAGUCUGUGGGUGUACAAUCUUUCUAAACCUAACUGUGAUUUGGUUAUCUUUGGUUAUAUAAUGUCUUUCAAUUAUGUUUACAA